AUGAAUGCUCUGAAUCGCAGCCUCGAGGGGAUCAUAGAAAUUGGAAACGAGUUCUCCAGCGUCGAGGCCUUGUGGAGUCAGUUCGAGACCGUCAUGGGCAGAUCAGCGGGGGAGGACAACAGCGACGAAAAUAAUAACGUCGGCGACACUGUCCAUGCGACUGCUGGUAAUGGAGAAGGCAAGCAUGGCAAAUGA